AUGAUGAACAGUAUGGACCGGAGUUUGAAGAGAGGUGUAGAGGAGAAACAGUUAGCGUAUGAAACGUUCUUUGUGGACGGCAAAGGACCAGAAGCCGAUAGCUUGUCGGUCAUGGAUCUCAUUAAGGAUCAAAUGUCUAAGGACCUGAAUGUUCCAUACCAUCAGAUUGAUGCCAAAGAGAUUAAGAACUGGGGUGAGAAGGGUUUUGAAAAGGUCAAGGCGGAUGAGUGGUGGUCCAAGCCGAACGAGGUUGAGAGGGCUCGUUUUUCAACGAUGCAUCGCGGCGCAGCUUUGAGAAAGAAGCUGUAG